CCUCAACCUUUCCACACUGACGGGAUGUUACGGGUUUUGCUGCUUAUUCUCUCUGUAGUUGCCAUUGCUCAUGCUGAGCUCUGCAAGCCAGAUGCACAGAAUGCUUUCAAAGUACGGCUAAGUAUCAAAACAGCUUUGGGAGAUAAUGCAUAUGCCUGGGAUGCUAAUGAAGAGUACCUCUUCAAAGCAAUGGUGGCUUUUGCAAUGAGAAGGUAUUCCAGCAAGAGCACAACUCAAAUUUCCAAUGUGCUGCUCUGCAACGUGACGGAUCGGGUAUCAUUUUGGUUUGUGGUCACAGAUUCUUCAAAAAACAUGACAACUGUUCCUGGAAGUGAGGUAGAGGCAGCCAUCAGGAUGAACCGGAACAGAAUCAACAGUGCCUUCCUACUGAGUGACAAAACACUGCAGUUCCUGAAGAUAACCUCAACCUUAUUACCUCCUGUUGAACCCUCCACUCCUGUCUGGCUUAUCGUAUUUGGUGUUGUUCUUUGCCUCAUUGUGGCUGGAAUUGUUUUCCUCGUUGUUGCAGGGAUUCAGCAACGCAAGAAAAAGAAUAAAGAGUCAACAGAGAGUGAAAAUUUAGAAGAGAGAGGCGAAGUAACAGUAACAGUAGAAAAUGGGAUUCCUUGCGAAACACUGGAUUUAAAAGCAGGCCACAUUAAUGGAGUCUUUGCAGCAGAUGAUGAACGGUUCACGUCCUUAUGAAAUGCUGUCAUUGCUAUCUGGCGGUUUUUUGAAAGACUCCUGUGCCUACCUUAUCUCAUCACUACUCCUGAAUGUCAAACAUGAAGACAAGAAAGAUGUCUUUUCACUUAAUUUCCCUCGAGAGAACCUUUUGCUGAUAACACAUACACUCAAGCCUCCAUUACAAAGCUUUUGUUCAUGAGCAAAGCAAGACCUCAAAUGAUAUCCAUUAAAGAUUUCCAGAAGAUGUGUGGCAGAACAGGGUUGAAACCUGCCUUGUGUCAGGUGUUUAAUUUUUAAUGA